CAAAGGCCUUGGGAAAAGCAUGCACUCUCGCUCUCGUUUUUGUUAUCGAUAGAAAACCCUGCACGCUCUUCAAAAUUCUUUCUACGGCGAAUUCACGGCUCUGUCUUUCUGCUUUGCUCGCUCCAAGCGUACAUAUUUAUUGUGACAAAGUUGCCGGUAUUUUCAAAUGCAAUGGAGCCAAAACAACCGAACAAAAAUGAGGUGAUCAUGCGUACAGAAAAUCCCGUUCAUGAAGGAGAUUUAAAAUGGAUAAUUGACAACGCUUGUAAGCUCGCAAGAAGACUUAGAAGUUCAAACUUUUCUUUGCAAACGCAAUGCCAACCUGAGUUCCAAAUAGUGGCCAAGUUCAACGAGAGGUACCCAGAGGCACACGUGACAAAUGUCAACAUAGGUAUCCAGCGAAUAGAUUCUGGUGAUAAAAGUGUUUAUGUGACAGCUAUUGCCCAACUCUUGAAUACAGAUGAUGAUGAAUAUUGCCGUGAAGAAGUCAGUUUCACAUGUCCCUCUGGUGGUGCUCCUUUCUACAUCUUUUCAGAACUCUUUUCUGAUUCUGCAAGCAAGCUGUCAUUCCCCAGAUCCAAAAAGGGGAUAUCUUCCGAUGACAUUGACGAUUUAUUUCAUCUGCAAGUGAAAAAUCUGGUAGCGUCCCAUGGAAAUGUAAAUCGAAUUUUCAUUCUGCCAAAAGACAUUUUGAUUGUUAAAGUGCAUAUCAAAACCUUCGGUUGCUGUACAUCAACUAACAAAGAAGAGGUUCCAGAUGUACCAGAGAGAUUAACUCUGAAGUCCCAUGUUGACCAGCUGUUGAAUGAUUUCAAGCGUGCUUACCAGCACCAAGAACUGACAGACAUUGACUUGGUAGUUGAUGACAAAACUAUCAGGGCUCAUAAGUUUGUUCUUCAAGCCAGAUCUCCUGUUUUCAGAAAUAUGUUUGAACACAAUCUUUCAGAAACCACAGCAGGUACUAUACAAAUAGAUGACAUAGAGUAUACAGUUCUCCAGGCCUUGAUAUGGUACUUGUAUACAGCAGUCGUGCAAAAAUUACCGUAUGAUGAUCUAUGCGAUCUGUAUGAAGCGGCAGAUAAGUAUCAGGUAUCCUCCCUUCAGAAGGAAUGUGCAGAAAUUUUGAAGUCCAUGCUUAGUGUGGAUACUGCUUGCAGAAUUCUGGUUUUGGCAGACUUGCAUAACGACUCUUACCUACGGCAGGAAGCUGUAGAUUACAUUUGGAGUAAUUUCGCCAAAGUCAAAGCUACUGAGGAAUGGGAGCUUACGAUGCACUCUCAUCAAAAAGUUGCUUCUGACGUUUUGGAAAAAGUAUGCAAUUUCAGACCCGAAGUCAAAAGUUAAAGAUCUUUACAUAAGAAAUAAUUGUUGAAUCAUCAGUGAUUUAACGUUGUUGGCUAUUUUAUGUUUGAAUUUAUAAAUUUUACGUUUUCAGAUACAGUGUAAACAUAAGAUUUUUACUUGCAUAUAAACUUCUACUCUUUCUAAUAUAAUUAUAUAUUUUAUGAAAUAUGAAUUAUAUGCGUUAAGAUAUUCUUUCCCUUAUGAUGUUUUUCUUGCAAUAAUUAUAUUUUCCUCCUACUUUCUUCAGUUAAUUUCAUAAUAAAUCGAGCAUAAAACAGGAA